AGCUCGGCCGCGUCCUCCGGGCUCCGGCACGUCGCUACGAGGAAGGCGGCGGGGCUGUUCUUCAAGAUGUGCCGACAGAACUGGAGGCCCAGUCCUCUGCUGGCCCCUUGGAUGAGCGCCACGGGGGCCGCCAUGACAGUCGGUGACGUAACGCCGACCGGAAGUGGAGGAGGCGCGUGUGCUGCCUUCAGACGGUGAAGGAACCCGGUUGCCCAGACAACGGCGGAAGUGAAGCCCCAGCUGACAAAAUGCCCCCAAGAAGAAGAGGAGCGCUGCAGCUGGUCCGGAGAGAAGUGGACCAGAUCCAGGAUCAGGUGGACCGCCUGGUGGAGGACGUGCAGAGGGGGGGCGGAUCCCCUGAGGAAGCAUUUCGGAGGUGUCAAGAGCUGCAGAUGUCGGCCGAGAAGACUCAAAGGACUCUGAUGAAACUCACGAAGGAGGAGGAGCCGGCUCCGGUGGGGAGUUACGAGCAGAGGAAGCAGGAGGAGGAGAAGCGGCUGCUGGACAUCUUGGAGCGCGUGACCUCCGUCUCUCUGGAGCUUUCGCCCCCCGGACCCAGCUGUGCGGCUGCAGGCGAUGUUUCAAAGGAAGAUAACGAAGAGGAAGACGAGGAGGAAGACGAGGAGGAAGACGAGGAGGAAGACUGUAGCCACGACGAAGACGAAGAUGAGAAGCCUCAUGUCUACACAGCGCUCAGCGAUUUCAGAGGAGAACAGGAAGGAGAUCUGUCGGUCCAGAGAGGACAGGUGUUGAGGAUCACCAGGGAGACGGCAGACGGGUGGUGGUCGGCUCAGGACGCCAACGGGAACAGAGGACUCGUCCCAAAGACCUACCUGAAGGUGGGCUCCAGUGUUGAUGACCACGAAGAAGAAGACGAGGAUGAAGAGGAUGAAGAAGACGAAGAAGACGAAGAAGACGAGGAUGAAGAAGAGAAACUGAGCUCCCCACACUCCAACUGGAGCCCGGUGAGAAAAGCUCUGAGUGAGGUUGAUGCAACAGAUGUGCUCUCUGCCAUGGGGGCGAUACCUUCAGGAUUCAGACCGUCAUCGCUCAAUAAACUGCUGGUGGAGGAAGGUCGAACACACAAAGGGAGUUGCUACGUUCAGCCCAAGCUCAGCCAAUCACAGCUCUCCUUCAGUGACCUCUUCCUGGAUCCAGACACCGGCAGGGUGCGAGCUCGCCAGGUGAGGACCUGCGUGUGCUUCGGGCUGUGGGGCUGCAGGAUGAUUCCUUCUCCCGGGGUCGGAGUUCAAGUCCUCAGCAGACACGUCCGCCUCUGUGCCUUCGAUGGAUCUCAGGUGUUGAGUAACAUCCACACAGUGAGAGCAACCUACAACCCCAAGAGCCCCAAAACCUGGAGCUUCUCUCCCCGGGUGACAGGUGUCCUCCCCUCCCUCCUGGACGGAGACUGUUUCCUUCGCUGCAACGCUGCGUCUCCUGACCUCGGGGUCCUGUUUGAGCUGGGGGUCACCUUCAUCCGCACGUCCACAGGUGAGAGAGGGGACCUGAGCUGUGGUUGGGCUUUCCUCAAACUGAGGGACGACACUGGAAACCUUCUCCCCAACAGGACCUAUGAGCUGCCAGUGAAAGGAGGAACUCCCUAUGAGGAGGAGGAGCUGAAGGAGGCUUCAGCCACCAGAGGAUCUCCAUCAGGUGUGUUCCAGAAGAUGCUUCAGGUGAGACGACUUCCCAAACUGAUCGUGAAGUUGAAAUCCUCCAACAGCCGAACGAGAGCGCAGCUCAGCCUGCUUCCUGACUCUCUUCUUCUCGCGGUGAGCUGGGUCCAGCUGCUGGUUCUGUUCAGGCAGCUGCAGGCCGACUCUCUGCUGAUGGACAGGCCGACCAUGCAGAACGCUGAUCUCAUGUGCAGUCCGGUUCUCUCCACCUUCCCCGAGCUGUUGGACCAGCCGGACCUGCUGGACGCUCUCCGGAGCGCCUGGAUGGACGCUGAGAGCAACAUGAGCAGAGCACAGAAGAGAGACUCGUCCUUCUUGAAGCAGGAGUUUGUCAAAGUCUACCUGUCCUCCGUGUACUUCCUGCUCCACUCGCCCUCGCUGCCCCCCCCUCGCUGGGCCGACCCCCCCUCGGAGGAGCAGCGUUCCAGGGUCAUCUACGCCGCCCUGGACGCCCUCAGACGCCCUGCAGGCCCGGAGGUGUUUGUGGACCCCGCGCAUCAUCAUCUGGCCUUUGAUGUCGCAGAGUUGACCUUUGACCUCCUCCGCAUGGCGCGGUAGAGAGAAGUGGAUCAUCUUCACUGUAAUUGUAUUAAUAUAUAAUUAAGUGUAUUCUAGGCAUCAGUUUGGGUUUAUUAAAUGACAAAAAAAUGUAAAUACUUUAAUGUGCCAUAAAUAAAUAAAAAACAUUAUUU